GUGGUUUGCUGUUAUUACAGACAACAUGGCGGCGCCUUUCAGGAUACUGUGUUGCUCCGUGUUGAAACACUCCUGCAGACGGUUUAGUAUAACGUGUGGCGUUCAAGGAGGAGAACAGUGGAGGAAGGAGCAUGGAUUUGCACGCAGUGGCACAGAGUACGGACCCCUGACAGAUCUUCCUGAUUGGUCUUUUGCAGAUGGCAGACCCGCACCUCCACUGAAGGGUGUGUUAAGAAGGCGUCAAGAGAGAGAGGCCUUGUCCAGGCGCAUCUUGAUGCUCAACUCUGAGAUGGACAAAGGCAUGGAGUCUUGGCAAGAGAGAAAGGACGAGGUUAUAAGAAUGGAGGAGUACAAAAAGUCUCUCAUGCUCAAACCCAAAGGAAAGUUAUUGAAAAAGAAGCAUCCUCCAAGUUAGAAACAGUCCUGGUAAAUCCCCUGUCAUGUUGUAUAAUAUUACGAUGUUUCAAUUAUGUCUGGUUAUUAUAUGGAAUAAAAGGAUUUAUUUGGA